AUGGCCAUCCUUCUCACCGGCGGAACAGGCAAGACUUCUAUUCGCCUGGCUCGCUUCCUCCAAAAUGCAAAUAUACCAUUCCUCCUUGCCUCCCGUCGUGGCUCGUCCGCAGCCCCAGUAGGCAUGCCAGCCGUUAAAUUCGACUGGCUCGACAAGGAAACAUGGAAAGCACCCUUCGGCGGUAAACCCAUCUCCGCUAUCUAUCUUAUGGAGCCGCUGGUUGCAGAGCCCUGGAAGCCUAUGAUCGAGUUUAUCGAAUAUACGCGCAACGUGCAUGGCGUUACUCGCUUUGUCCUAUUAGCAGGUACCUCUACCGACUUAUCACGGCCCGGUAUGGGGGUAGUCUGGAAGCAUUUUCUCGAGACUGGUGUCGACCAUUGUGUGCUUCGGCCUAGUUGGUUCAUGGAGAACCUAACUGAUGAGGCUCCCGGCCCUCUUAUCCGCGAGUAUAGCAAGAUCUACACAGCCUGUGGUGAUGGGAAGAUCCCCUUCGUGAGUGCUAUUGAUAUUGCGGCCGUCGCGUUCCGAGCUCUCACAGAUCCUAAAUCGCAUAACUGCGACUACCGUAUAUUAGGACCAGAGCUCCUUACCUACGAUGAGGUGGCUGAGAAGCUGUCAGCUCAUCUAGGCCGACGUAUCGAGCAUGUCAAGCUAUCGGGAGAUGAGCGUUAUAAGGGUUUGACAGACGCAGGUGUCUCGGACUACUUUGCUCGGUUUUUAACAAACUUGGAGGUAGCAGCAGCUGAUGGGUUUGAAACUCACAUGAAUAACACAGUGGAGGAGGUAAGGGCCGGGCACCCAGGAGCCUGGACCACUUUGCUUAUGAAAAUAUACAUUCGUGGCAGUAGAUAUAACUAA